AUGGCAGUUAAGAAAAAACUCACUGUUAUAGGAAAAAUAACUGUUAUUAAAACAUUGGCUUUACCCAAAUAUUACACAAGAUUAUUGGACUGGAAGAUUGUUGGACUGGUAGUAGGGGAUGUCGAUAGUUUUAUAUGGGGUGAUGAUGGAUUUGUGGAUGAACUGGUAGUAGGGGAUGUUGUAGGAUUGGUAGUAGAUGAUGCUCGACUAGUGGUAGGGGAUGAUUUAGAACUGGUAGUAGGGGGUUGUAUUGGACUAGUAUUAGAAAAGAUUAUUGGACUGGUAGUAGGGGAUGUUGCUAGUUUUAUAUGGGGAGGUAAUGAUGGAUUUGUAGAUGGACUGGUAGUAGGGGAUGUUGUAGGAUUGGUAGUAGAUGAUGUUCGACUAGUGGUAGAAGAUGAUUUUGAACUGGUGAGUAUUAGGAAAGAUUUUUGGUUGGUAGUAGGAGAUGUCGCUAGUUUUAUAUGGAGAGGUGAUGAUGGAUUUGUGGAUGGACUGGUAGUAGGGGAUGUUCGACUAGUGGUAGGGGAUGAUUUAGAUCUGGUAGUAGGGGGUUGUAUUGGACUAGUAUUAGAAAAGAUUAUUGGACUGGUAGUAGGGGAUGUCGCUAGUUUUAUAUGGAGAGGUGAUGAUGGAUUUGUGGAUGGACUGGUAGUAGGGAAUGUUGUAGGAUUGGUAGUCGAUGAUGGUCGACUAGUGGUAGGGGAUGAUUUAGAACUGGUAGUAGGGCGUUGUAUUGGACUAGUAUAA